AAAUGUGAAAAUUGCUCUCCUUUCGGCUCUCAUCCUUGUCAUUACAGUACUACUACCGGUGAAUGCAUUUGCAUUCAUUUCAUCACGUACCAGGUAGCGAACAAGCGAUCCRAACCAAGAUGAGCUCCUACAAAGAACCCGAAUGGGGGGUCGCGCCGUCGUCCUCCUCUUCCUCGUCCUCGCAYCCCCCCUGGACGGUGACCGAGAUCAAGAACGGGAUCGAGGUGGGCCGGCACGACCUGUCCGGCAGGGCCACGACGAUUUUCGGCCGGGCCGUCGACAUGGUGCACGUCCCGCUCCACCACGAGAGCAUCAGCCGGCGGCACGCGCGGAUCGCCUUCGACGCAGGGGGGAACGCCUGGCUCCGGGAUCUGCGAUCGGCCCACGGAACCUUUGUCAACAAGCGGAGGCUGCCGGCCGAGGCCWCGGGGAAGGAGGAGUCCAACUCGCUCCACAGRGGAGCCCGGGGAAUCCGGGUGUUCGCGGGGGACGUUCUGAGGUUCGGGGCGAGCUCGAGGUAUUUCUCGCUGGAGGGGGGGCCUCCGCCGGCUUCGGAGCGUUCCGAGGAGGCCAGGCUGCAGGAAAAGGCCGACAAGUGGCAGCAACAGCAACAGCAGCAGCAACAGCAACAACAGGGAGGCCAGACCGAUAGAGCCUCGGUGGCAUCCAGUGCAGCCACCGAUGCGGGUGCCGAUCCGAAGGGAAGUCCAUCCGGGGACGCGGGGAUCUCGUGGGGGAUUUCCAUGGAAGACGACACCGASGGUGGCGCUGCCAGCACGGAUGCAGCCRCCCGAAGCAAAUCCAAUGCGUCCCUGCUGGAGGAUCCCCUCAAGAUCCCGGAAAAGCACCGCAGGGAACUAGACAAGAUCAACGCCCUGAAGUACAAAUUGUCCAACCUGGAAACCGAAGACCAGAGGAUUCGAAGGAAGGGAGUGGACAACCUCACCGAGGGACAGGAAAGGCAGCUGCUGAAAAACGCCGAAAAGGAAGCGGCUCUCCGGAGGUCCAUACAAGAACGGGAAGACAGCCUCUGCGACAAGCUCCGCGGUUCUAGGUCGUCGGACCGAACCAAGGCACGGAAGACUACCGAUGGGGGGAACGAGGACGAGGAAGACGACUUUUUCGACAGGACCAAAACCAGCAGCGACGCUGGACCGGGAAACGAUGGUGCCGGGRACGAAGCCGAAUCCGAAGAGACGCUGACGGAGAAAUGGAGGGCCGCCUAUSGGGAGAGGAACCACCUCUCGACCGUAGCACUGCCGAACGCAAGGGCCCGCGCAGACCGCCUGAAAGAACGAGUGAGAGCUCUCGAGGCCGCCGGCGACGACGAGGAAGCCUUCUACGUCCAGAACGACCUGUCGCUGGCGCUGGAAGCGAGAAAGAAGGCCGAGUCGUCUCUGGCGAGGAACGCGACAACCAUGGACGGGAUCGAAUCGCUCCUGCGGGUGGUCAACUCUAGGAUUCGUUGCGAUCGAGAGACCGGACACAUCGGGGAGRGUCGGCCACGGCCGGGAACUCCGCCACCGGAAUCGGGUGCGGGCGGCCGAGAACCCYCGCGARAGGAACAGCCAUUGGGCUCCACUGUGAUGCAGCCGCCACCGCCCGUGCUGCCGAACCCAACGCCCACGGCUGCUAACCACGAGAAACGCAGCAUGCCGCCACCGCCGCCAUCGAUCCAGACCGGUGCACAAGCAGCGACCAAGGGUUCCGGAACCGAAUCCGCAACCCCAAUGGCCCCGCCCCCCAACAAGAAGAAGCGGAUCCUCGGGCCCGCGGCGGGACCACCGCCGCCGCAGCCAUCCCCGGCAACAAAGAAAGAACGGACGGUGGGAACCYUGGCCUUUUUGAAUCGCACGACGUCCGSAGCGAAAAAAUCGAACUCGGACRCCAUCAGAAACGSAAAGGAUGCAACCAAAACUGCGGAAGGAACGACCGUGGCGAAACCCGGAAAKCCGCAGCGACAACAACUGUCGAUGGACACCCAGGUGGAUGUGUGGAGAGCUCCCGACGGACAAGAUGGGAGUGGAAGGACCAARCUAAACGAAAAAUUUGCCGGAAGAUACUAAAUUUUGCGUUACCGAUGCUACGAUGUAACAUGAAWUUCCGCUCGGGUCCCAAUCACAACACUCUUUAACAUUCGAGCUAAGUACUGUAUUACUGUAAAAGAAAUAAUUUUAGUUCAACACA